AUGCGAGCUGAUAAGCUUGCCAUGACGGGGACGGGUCUCGGUGGUAGUGGUGGUGUUGCCGCUGGUCGAGUGCGUGAGGUGUUCCUCGAGGACUUUGGGCACUUGCUUGCGCAAGAGGCCGUGAACGAGUGUGCCGAUGCCGCGGUUUGCUGGUUGGCACCAGAAUUGAGACGCUGGAAAGACGAGGAAGAGAGUUUCCGAUCUAUGUGGAACAAGAAAACUAAAUUUGAGAAGCAGACCGUCGAUGCAGAAUGGCUGAAGAAUGUCCCUGUACCGGCUCGUCGACCCAAGAAGGCAGAGCCUGAGUCGAAGCUGUGA